GUUCAUGUCCUGUCCAGAACCAGGAGGGGCCAGGGGAAGAUGAGAGUUCCUACGCUCUGGCUCUUCUCCUUCUUCAUGAUCACCGAGGGCUGGAAUGGCUUCCUGGGGGUGAGUUUUGAUGAUGGCAUCAAAACAAAGCAAGAACUCAUUUUGAAUAAGAAAAAGCCUCUAGGUCCAGUCCAGGAAUACGAGCUGCUGCUUCAGCUAGCCUAUCGAGAUUCCAAGGAGAAAAGAGAUGUGAAGAACUUUCUGAAGCUUUUGGAGCCUUGCCCUUGUUUUUCACCUGGGCCGGUGAAAAUUAUCAGAGCAAAGGUCACCACGUACUGUGGCAUCCAGAACGGGGUCCUGCGCUGUGCCUGUGACGAUGGCUACUCCUGGUUUCCUCCCUCGUGCCUUGAUCCCCAGAAAUGCUACCUUCACAUGGAGGGAUCUCUCCAGAUCUGUGAUUGUCAUCUCAACAACCUCACCCAGAGUGUCCAUUUCUGUGAGAGAACAAAGGUUUGGGGUACUUUCAAAAUUAAUGAAAGACUUACAAAAGCCCUUUUGGAUUCAUCUUCCGCUGUAUACUCCAAAUAUACCCCUGGAAUUGAAAUUCAACUUAAAGAAGCAUACAAAAGUAUCCAAGAUUUUGAGUCAGUCCGAGUCACCCAAUUUCGAUAAGUAAUACAAUGAAAUGGAAGCAUCAUUGCUGGGUAUGAAGUUGUUGGUUCCAGCAACACAUCUGAACUGCUGUCAGGCAUUGGGCAGGUAGCUAAGAAGGCUAACACAGGCCUGCAUCAGCUGUUUCCACUAGAAGACAACUCUUUCAGAGCGUUCGGAAAAGCCCAGUGUAACAGCAUAGUCUUUGGAUCUGGAUCUAAGAAUGAUGAGUAUACUCUUCCCUGUAGCAGCGGCUACUCCGGAAGCAUCACGGCCAGGUGCCAACCCUCUGGGUGGCGUGUCCUCAGGGAGACAUGUGUGCUCUCUGAGCUGGAAGAACUGAAGAAGAAUUUCAGUGUGAUCGCCAGCAACACCACUGAGGCAACGGUGUCAUCCUUGGUGCAGAGCCUUUCAAUGGUCAUUCAGCAAAACCCAUCAACCACAGCCGGGAAUCUGGCUUCUGUGGUGUCAAUUCUGGGCGAUAUCUCGUCCUUGUCCAGAAAGACACACUUCAGCGUGUCCAUUUCGACAGUGGAGAAUGUCAUCAGUAUAUCUGACCACAUCCUUAAUUUUGCCUCGGUAACAAACUGGACAGUGUCACUUCAGAAAGAAAAGAAUGCCGGAUCCUAGUUACUAGCGUCACUGGAAAACAUCAGCGUUCUGGUCCCUUCGACAGCUCCGCCUCUGGAAUUUUCUCGAGAAUUCAUUAACUGGAAAGGGAUUCCAGCAUCCUCAAAUCAAAGCAAUUUGGGUUACAACUAUCAGACUGAAAUGUUCCCAAAAAACCCCUCCAUUCCCAUCAGAGGCCAUGCAUUAAUUAGGUCAGACCAAUUCCAGGAGCCCCUUCCAGAAACUAUCAUCAGCAUGACCUCCUUGACCCUGGGGAACAUUCUACCUGUUACCAAAAAUGGAAAUGCUCAGGUCAAUGGGCCCGUCAUAUCCAUGGUUAGCCCAAAUUAUUCCAUCAAUGAAAUUUUCCUGACUUUUUCCAAGAUAGAAUCAAAUCUGAGCCAGCCUCAUUGUGUGUUUUGGGAUUUCAACCAUUCGCGGUGGAACGAUAAUGGCUGCCACCUAGUGAAUGAAACUCCAGCCUCGGUGACGUGCCGCUGUACUCACCUGUCCUCCUUCUCCAUGCUGAUGUCACCCUCUGUCCCCCCUGCCAUCGUUCCCGUUGUGAAAUGGAUCACCUUUGUGGGACUGGGGGUCUCCAUCCGAAGUCUCAUCUUAUGCCUGACCAUCGAAGCUCUGUUUUGGAAGCAGGUCAACGAAAGCCAAACCUCACACACGCGUCACAUUUGCAUGGUGAACAUAGCCCUGUGCCUCCUGAUCGCAGACAUCUGGUUUAUUUUCGCUGCCUCCGUGGACACCGCGGCAAACCCUUCUGGAGUCUGCACAGCUGCAGUGUUCUUUACACACUUUUUCUACCUGUCCUUGUUCUUUUGGAUGCUUAUGCUUGGCUUCCUGCUGGCUUAUCGGGUUAUCCUCGUGUUCCACCCCAUGGCCACGCCUUUGUUGGUGGCUGUCGGGUUCUGCCUGGACUACGGGUGUCCUCUCAUUAUAUCCAUCAUCACCAUUGCGGUCACACAACCCAGCAAUGGCUAUGAAAGGAAAGAUGUGUGUUCGCUUAACUGGUCCGAUGGGAGCAAACCUCUCUUGGCCUUUGCGGGUCCUGCCCUGACUAUUGUGGCUGUGAAUUUGGUGGGGGUCCUGUUACUUCUCACGAAGCUCUGGAGGCCCGCUGUUGGAGAAAGGCUGACUCAGGACAGCAAGGCCUCUGUCGUCUGCAUGGGGAGGAGCCUCCUCGUUCUGACCCCCCUGCUAGGGCUCACCUGGGGGUUUGGCAUAGGAACAAUGGUUGACAGCCGGAAUCUGGCCUGGCGUGUUAUUUUUGCAUCACUCAGUGCAUCCCAGGGCUUUUUCAUCUUAUGUUUUGGAAUGCUCUUGGAUAGUAAGCUGCGACAGCUGCUACUCAACAAGUUGUCUCCUUUAAGCUUUUGGAACCAAGCAUCAAAGCAAAACUCAUCAGCUUCAUCUGUCAAACCCAGAUUCAAAAAGACUUUCAACCCAUUCCAACACAAACGCAAUUAUGUACUUUCUUAUACUGGAGAGUCCUCAAACGACAUCAUGCUAACUCAGUUUUCAUCAACUGAAUAAGGCUGGGAACCCUAAAAUCAAGGAAAAUAUUUUGGAGCAAAUUGACAUUAGCGCUAAAUGUCAGUGAAGAAAUCAUGCUCAAUUUUCAAUGGAUUUUUCUGAUUUCGGAGUCUGAGAAUAUAAUAAGGAACUCUCAGCAGUUUCAUAACAGCCAUCUUUAUCUUCAGUUAAAUAGAGAGAUUUACUUCCAUGGGGUUUGAUUCAAAGGAAUUGCUUCAUAAAUGUAGAAGAUUAGGUUUUUGUCAGAAAUUAUGUCAGUUGUACUAGCCUCUCACUGCCACAAGACAUUUCCUUUUUCAUAAAAUAGCAUUAUUCACGUGACAUUUCUAAUCAUCUGAACUGGAGUAAGGAAAUGUCAUGAAAUCACUUUAGACACAUUGAUGGACCAUGUUCACUUUCUUAUAAAAAAGUCACUGGUGAAAUUUCCUAGAGAAAAGGCGUUUUCCUCCAAAAACUUCCAGUUGGAUUUUAUGCUUGUUUUUGUUUUUUAGGUACAGUCACUGAACUUUGAAAGUUAAUCAGAAACAAAAUGGAAGUGUCCAUUUCAGAUAGCUUCACAGCCGUUACUUAGGAAGUAUAAUGCAGUAUUUUAUAUAUGUAUAAUGCAUUAGUUUUCAGUUGACAAGGCACUUUCAUCUGGUCCCCCAUCCAAUGACGUGAGGUGUCCAGGCAGACCUAGUGCAGAGAUGAUGAAAUAGAGGCUUGGACAGGUGAAGUGACUUCCCAAAGUGAAGCCAGUAAAGGGCGCUUUUAGGACUUUUGGUUCCUAGUCCAUUUCUACAGCCUCAUAACAGCCUUGAAAAUUACCUGCAAUCCUAAGCAAGCCUUAUGAGGUUAGAUAUGAGAUUCAUCACUCCCAGAAUCGUCUCUAUGUAAGAGGAAAAUUGAGGGAGAAUUUGGUUGUCAGCAUCCAGAAACACCUUAAAGCGCCUGGUUUUCUUUCAUAAUACACUGUAGGCACUUUUGGAAGUUAUUUACAUGUAUGGCCAAUGCUACUUUUGGAUGAGAUAGAGAGCAGCAGGUGAAGGCACUGUAAGAAGCAACAAUUUCCCUUCCAUACUGCCGUCACUUUGGGCUCACCUGAGUUUCAGUCCUGACCACGGUGCCCAGAAGAACUAAGCCCUUUGAUUCAUCCUUGCUUCCAGAGUCUCCUAAAAAUCUGCUGUGGCAUUUUUAAAGCAAGUGUUGAUUUCUUUUAAUAACAAUUGCCAUGAUGAUGCUGAUGGUGGUGGUGGUACGAAGUCAUAGAAGGAGAAGCAACACGUAGAGAGUGCUCACUGUGUGUCAGGCAUUAUUCUAAGUGCUUUGCAUCUAUUGACUCAUGUAAUCUUCACAAUAAGCUUGUGAAGGGGGAAUAACAUUAUCCCUGUUUUACAGCUGCUGAAACUAAGGCACAGAGAGGUGAGAUGUGAGCAGGGCCAUGUGGAUGGCAAAUGGCUAUGCCAGGGUAGUAGUUAUGGAAGUUGAAUUACAAUAAGAAGAGGGUUAUAUAAGUCAGCCUAGCAGGAUUGGAACUGCUAAUUUAAUUGUAAUUAGAAUCCUAGACUCCUUGGUCUGCAAGGGAGCUCAGGCAUCAUCUAGCUACUAUUUUACGAGUAGCCCUGAUGUCCUAAGUCUCAGCAGCCUGUGAUUACAAAAGUAAGUCAAGUCCACAUUUACUGCUAUCUGUAGGAGUAUAUUAGUCAGCUCAGACUGCCAUAACGGAACAUCACAGGCCAGUGGUUUAGACAACAGAAACUUAUUUUCUCAUGGUUCUGGAGUCCAGGAAGUCCAAGUCGAAGCUGCCGUUGGGCUUGUUUUCUAGCGAGACUGCUCUUCUGUCUUGUCAGUGUCCUCACAUGGCCUCUUCUCCAUGCACAUCCAAAUAGAGCUCUCUGCUGUCUCCUCCUCUUCUUAUAAGGACACCGACCCUAUCAGAUUAGGGCCCCACCCUUAUCAGCUCAUUUCACCUUAAUUACUUCCCUACUGACCCUGUCUCCAAACAAUCACAUUGGCGGUUAGAACUUCGACAUAUAAAUUUUUCAGGGACACUAAUUUUUCAGUCCAUAACAAGUAGCUGGAAUUUUUAUUUGCCUGUUUAAUUGAAAUUAGGGUCUUUUAAAAGUGUGUUGGAUCACACACCAUAUAUCAUGUUUGUCUAACCCACUGACUACACACACAUUCAGCUCAGCUCCCUUCCAGAAUGCUACUGAAACAACAAUAAAAGAAUUUAAAAAGGAGAAAGAUAUUGGAAUAUUUUCUAUGGCUGUGUAAAAAACUGCCACAAACUUAGGGGUUUAAAACAACCUGCAUUUAUUUUCUCACAGUUUCCCUGGGUCAGGAGUCCAGACACAGCUUAACUGGGUCCUCUGCUCAGGGUCUCACAAGACUGAAGGAGCUAGCUGGUCUACAUCUUUAUCUCGAGGCUCGACUGGAGAAGAAUCCACCUCCAACUCAUUCAGUUUAUGGGCAGAAUUUAUUUCGUCGCAGCUGUGGUAAAGAGAACCUUGGCUUUUUGCUGACUAUUGGCCAGAGGCUACCUUGGGACAUUAGAGGUCACCUACACAUCCCUGCCACUGGGAUUUUCCAAAUUGGCCGCUUAUGUCAUUAAGCCUGCAAGGAGAGUCUCUUAGUCCAGUCUGCUUUUAAGACAGAGUCUUGUACAGUAUAAAGUAAUCAGGGGAGUGACAUCCUAUAGCUUUUUCCAUAUUCUAUCGGCUAGAAGUGAGUCACAAGUCCUGGCCACACUCAAGGGAAGGGGAUUUCUAAAGGUGUGGAUGAAGAGAUUACCAGACCUGAACUACUAAGGAUAAGGAGAGAGAGAGGAAGCAACAGCAACAGAACUUUGGAAAGCAGGUGGGGUGAGUGCAAACUGACUUAGCUGGCCUAAGAAAGCUAAACAUGAAGCCAGAAGCAGGGGAAGCCAAGAAGCAAGCUACUUUACCCUGCAGAAUCCCCCAAGAGACUUGAGACUUGGCAGCACCAGUGUCCGUAAGAAGUGAAAUGAAGGUGGAACUAAGCCGUACAGUUGUUCAAAGUCAGUUUAGGAAACAGACUCUCAGAUGCCUCCCUCACCCCAAGCAACCAAGUAACAAUCCCUUCCUCCAUCCUAGCAAUAGAAUAUAUGGAUAUGUGGGGAAAAAAUGGGAUCUGGGGACUGAGAGACUCCAGAAGCAUUUGAGGGAGAGUUUACCAUCUCCAAAACAAAGAGAUUCAGUGGAAGUUAACAUAUAACACCAGCAGCGAGGCUUAUCUCCUCCUGGCAAGAAACUGGGACGGUCCUCUCUGGAGAAUCUGAUCACAAGGAGAAAACACUGAAAGAUACUGACUCUGGGUGUUUGCUAAUGAAAUGUUCACACAGCUCACCCUACAGUGAAGCCAAGAGCCAUCAUAUGCACUUUGUUCACAGACCUUCCAAUCAACUCUUCAAUGUCCUACUCUGAAAAGUAUAGCCAAACUGUCACAGCCCACUAGGCUUUCUAGGAAAGCACCCAGUAUUAAAUGCAGAAGCCAAAACAAACAGAAAGAGCCAGUAUGGUGUCACCUAGAAUCCAAUUCUAUUAGCUCGACUAGAAGAUGAAGGAGAAAACAGAGAAAGGCAGCUGGGGCAGGGGCAGGGGGGCGGGGGGACAUGACUAGAAAGAGGGGGAAGGGCAGGGGUCAAUACUACCUCCAACAGAACAUUGCCUUUAUGAACAGUGUGCUAUAAAAAGGCAUACUGGGGCCACAGAAAGAAUCUUUGGAAGUAAAAAUAGAGUAACAUAACCACUAAAAUACUUCAACUGAGGGGAUGGAAGAUAAAGUUGAGGCAAUGACCUGGAAAAUAGAAAUAAAAGAAAAAAAUGUAAAAUGAAAGAGAAAAAAAUUAGAGGACUAGACCCAGAAUUUCACCAUUUGAAUAGUAGGAUUUUCAGAAAGAAAGACUAGAGGAACAAAAGGAAGGGCAUCAUUAAAGUAAUAAAUAGAGAACAAUUUUUGGUCACUUAGGGUCAUGAGUUUCUCUACUGAAAAGGCCCCGUAUGAUGUGAAAAUAGACCCACAGUUAGACAUGCUAUCAUCUGAAUGUUUGUGUCUUCCCCAAAUUCAUAGGUUAGCUCCUAGUCCCUAAGGUGACGGUGGUAGGAAGUGGGGCCUUUGGGAAGUGUUUGGGCCAUGAGGGUGAUGUUGCAUGAAUGAGAUUCGGGUUCUUAUAAAAGAGGUCUCACAGAGCUCCCCAGCCCUUCCCACCACCCGAGGAUGUAGCAAGAAGCCAGACGUCUGCAACCCGGAAGAACCUUCACCAGAUCUUGUACUUCCCACCUCCAGAACUGUGAUGAAUAAGUAUUUGUUGUUUAUAUGGCAUCCAGUCUAUAGUAUUUUUCUAUAGCAGCCCAAAUGGACUGAGACAACAUUAUUGUGAAAUUUCAGGUCACAGAAGAAAAAAAAAGAAGAUGCAAAUAUUUUCAGAGAGAAAAAGUGGGAUUUACCUGAAGGGUCCAAAUCAGAAUAUUAUCAAGACUCUUCACAGCAGCAGUGUAAGCUAGAAAACAACGGAAAAUGUCUUCAAAAUGUUGAGAAGAAAAGAUUGCAACCUAAAAGCAAUUAACUGUGAGGAAGAAUAAAGAUAGUUUCAGAUGCAGAAAUUCUUGACACAUUUUCCUGCAAUACUUCCUUUCCCAAAGGUUACUGGGGAAUAGACUGCACCAAAGGCAGCAAUAAGCCCAGAAAGACUUGGGACACAAGAUGCAGUAGAAGAGAGAGAGAGAGGGAACCUCUAGGGUGGAAAUAAGGGAGUCGCUAGCCAGACAGCAGCCGUGGGGCAGGUCCAGGCUGGAUCCACAGGGGAGAUUGCUCAACAAGGUGAAAAUGAUAGGAUACCUGAUAUACUUGAGUGUUAUUUAGAAGACACCUACAUACUUUGAGGUAGGUUGGGUAUGGAUUUUUCAUAAGAACAUAGAAAUCUAAGCAAGUAAAAAAAAGUUACACCUAACAGAAAUAAAAUGUUGUGCAGAAAAGGAAGAGCAAUUAAGCAUACUAUCCGGCUCAGCUAUGAUUAGAGCAUACAGAGUGCCAAUAAUGUGAAAUGAUUUUGAUAUAACCAAAAUAAUAACAAUGUAUCGGGAAGGUGGAGAAUAGGGAGCAUACUUGAGAGGAUGGGAAAAGAGAUCUAAAUACUCAUUCUUUGUUUUUGGAAAUCAAUAAAACUGAGAAACCAAGAAGUAACAUUAUAGUCAUGUUAUUUAGAAACAUAGAAACAAAUAUCAAAAGAAUCAAUGAAAUCAGUUAAAAGAGUUUGUCUCUGAGAAGCAGAGAAUUAUAGAGUUAUUUGACUCUUGAAAUCAUAUCCAUGUGACUUUGGCUUAAUGUGUGUGUGUGUAUAAUUGGAGACAGCAUGGGACAUCCUGAAAUAGGAAGUCACCUUGAUUGAUUUGAUUGGCCACAAAGCUUAUAUAGCCUUCGUCAGCUGCUUCAGGUCUUGGAGAUGCCUAUGAAACCUUCAAUUUGUAAUGUCCAGUAGGCCACUUGGCAUACCAAUCUAUUGUUCAAGGGAAGAGCUGGGCUAGAGAUACACUCUUAGGGUCUUCACCCUGGAGAUUAUGGUUAAAGCCAUGGGACCAGAUGAAAUCACCUAGCAGGUACAGGGAAAGAAGUGAGUAGGUCCAAGCAUUGAGCUUUGAGGGUACCCCUUCAUUUAGAAGUAGGGAGAGGAGGAGGAUUCAGUAAAGAGGAAGGAGAAGGGCAGCCUGUGAAGUAGGAGGGAAACCAGGACAAUGAGACCCAGAAGCAAAGAAAAGCAUUUCAAGAAGGAGUUCAAAGACAGCAACUGGGUUAACUACUGCUGAGAGUCAAGAAAGAUAAAGAGCCCGACUUGCCCAUUCCAGUUUGAAUGUGAAGAUCAUUAAUGUAUGAAUAUAAUAGGCACUCAGAGUAAGAAAUUCCACUAGUGGAAAGUUUCACAUUGAAUACAGAGAACGGAAUCGUGUUUAGAUCUUGCCAUCCCUCAUAUUGGAUAAGCUCUUCCAGAUCUACAACUAGCUAUUUUAGAAAGAUUAAUUUUCUCCCUGUUUUUUGGAUGCUUCCAGAACCAAUGGAGGGCCUGAGGGACGGUCAUUUUGUCGCACCUAGAAUGUUUCCCAGCCUGAUGCAGAUUUUCGUAAAAGUCCCAAAUCUGUUUCUUUCUAAAUGAUUCUUAUGAGGAAAGACAACGUGCCUUUUGUUAAAAGAAGGCAGCAAAACUGUGCUGUACUUACCUUUAUUAAACUUCAGGGGGCGGGCUCUGACCAAGAAAUAAAUCCUGGACAAUUUGCUCAAAGCUUAAAUACACCUGAGAUCCAGCCUGGAAUGUGGCGAGGUGAAAGGUGUUUUAAUCCAACUACUCUAAUUAGGAACACUACAGUGUUGCUACUGUGUUUUGUCUAGUAAAAGAGAUUAGGGAGCUAUGAACAUAAUAACUCUGUUUGGGGUUGGGAAACAGUACCUCUGUUUCCUGGGUUUAAGCCCAAGGGUACUGAUGAACAGUUGAAGGCUGCUUUUAAGCAAAGCGGGAAUUAGCCAUGGUUGGCAGGGGACUUUUGCCUGCUAGAAAACCAGUGUUUUAUUUAAAAUGUAGGUUGUCUUAACAGGAUAUACCUUGGGUAACUUGGGCAAAUGCAAGUUAAUUCAAGUAUGUGGCACCAAAUAGAUUGGGGAUAUUCCUAGAUUUUUGGAUUCAUUGUUUACUUUGGGGGAAAAUGGUUUGGCAGAUUUUGUACAGUUUUGUCAUACAUGAGCUUCCAUGAACGAAUUACCCUAACUCUUCAGGGUGGAGGGAACAAAACAAAAGAAACAUAAAAUAGUGACUUCAUUCAGAGCAAAGAUUUACUAGGUCCUCAAAGAUUAAUCAGGAAAGAUCAGGGCUGCUUGCAAUUUAUUUCUCAGCCCUCCCCUUGCUGCCAGGGCUUGCGUUAGUGUUAUGCAGUCCAAGUUCAUACUGCUUGCUGCACAACAGGCCAAUAAAUCAAGAGACAAGGUGUUGGGACAAGGAAUAGUGACCUUAUUUGGAAAGCCAGCAGACCAAGAAGUUGGUGGACUAGUGUCCCAAAGAACCAUCUUGCCCAGUUUUGGGUGCUAGUUUCUUUUAUAGAGCCAAGAGGGGAAGGUGAGGAGGUAAAGUAAAAAAAAGUGUUAAGUUUUGCAAAUAUUUCCUGGUUCUGGCCAGACUCCGGAGGGGAUGUGUUGAUUUCUUCUUUGCUGCAGCCAUUCGUGGGUUGGCCUGGCCAGGAUGUUUCCAGUGAGCUAAACAAAGGUAUUUUAGCUUAAUCCUCAGGCAUGGGAGGCAGGGUUCCCCAGGAUGGGCCAUUAUGCAUACUUUAAGCCUUAGGUAACAUCCCUUUAGUGAUUAACUUGUAGCAAAAGCAAUAGAAUACAAAGAUUAAAAUAAAGGAGACAGAUCCAAUAUGGAGUCAGAUUUGUUCUUCUCUAUUACAUUAUUGAAAGAAAGGGGAGGAAAGGGAACAGAGGUGACCAAAGCCCUCAGGAUUCCAGUUUCUGUGCUAGACUCAGCAUAGAUCAUGCCCUUUAAUCCUCAAAACAACACAGUAAGUUGCAUAUUAUUUUCCCCCUUCUAUAGAUAAGGAAGCUGGGACUCGGAGAGUUUGGGUAAGCUGCACACAGCAGGAAGGGUCCAGAGCACUCCACUCUGCCUCACUUCCUUUGUUCAGAAAGCCUCCUUGCUUCACUCUAUGCAAGCAGCAGCCAUUCCUAAUAUUUUGUGAAUAGAGAUUUAUUGCUUUGGGAUAAAUAUUGGACCCUCAGGCUGUACCAUGAAGUAAUUUAUCCAGACACUUGACUCCAGAUUCUCCUGAUAACCCGGGCAAGGUCAGGGAAGGGUUAGAACUUGAGAAAAGGACAAGUGAUGGGGGAAGAGUCCACCGGUGACCACAAACUCUUCUGUAAUUUGUCUCCAUUUCACCUGGCUUGAUCCUAAAAAAAAAAAAGUGCCCAUGUACAUUUCCUUGAUGGGCUCCAGGGGGCUUAUGUAGAGGGUUCUCUCUGGGAUGGAGUCCUUGGGAGGCCCACCUCUAGUUUGCCUCAAUCACUUGUCUGUGGGUCAACUUCCCAUCAGUAAAACCACAGAUCUGCAUUAAUUAGAUAAGCUCAGAGAUCCCUUCCAGUCCUGACUUUCUCUGAUUCUGUGUCUCUUCAUAGGUAACACCCUGGGAGAAGAGAAAUUUAUCACCAAAGAGUACCACGUGGGUUUGGCAAGACCUUAUCUUGCUGGGUAGGAAUCACAGAUAAAGCAUUGCCAACAGCUACUUUUAUGCCAGCCAGAUGGGAGGUAACACCCCUCUGGAAUUCUGACCUGACACUUGAAACCAGAGCAGAGGAGUGCCCCAGUGUGAUGUGUUGCCAAGGGACACAUUGCUUUUAUGGAUAAGGUUUCCUGGUUCUUAGAUCUCAGCCAUGUCCCCCAGUAGGACUCAGCAAGGCAGCUGAGGAUUCCAUGACAACACACAGCCAGGCACUGCCAAGGACAACUUUUUGUGGCAUGAGAGCUUUGCCUGGUGCUGGUGAUAAUGUGACUUUGUUUUCCUGAAGUAGGCUGGGUGUGGGGAGCCAGCCCCACCUGUCCUCUAUGUCACCUGAUGUGGGGAAUGUUAUACGGCCCCCCUCCCCAUCAGCUUUCAAAGGAAUAGGUAAGAAGUCACAUUCCUGGAAUCACUUUCAAAAUGUAUGUUGAUAAUUUUUUACAUAUUAAAUUCUGCAGACAUGCAGUGCACCUGCCCCGCUUUCUUUUAGACUAGAGCAAUGAUUCCCAAACUAUAUCUCCAACCGGCAGCAUCAGCAUGACUGGAACUUGUUAGAAAUGCCAAUUCCUGGACCCCACCCCAGACCUCCUAAAUCAGAAACUCUGGUGUGGUGCCCAGGGAGUGCUGUUUUAACAAGCUCUCCUGGAGAUUCUGAUGCACACUCAGAUGUGGGAACCACUGACUUAGAGAACUCAAAGGGAGAAUGUUUCAGGCUGAGGGCAGGAGGUUAGGAUCUGAAUAAACCUUGCCCUGUGCAGGAGGGUAGGGCAGGGAUUGAGGCCUUUUUUGUUUCAUUUUCUAAUGACAGCACUUCCUUGAACCUCAGGAAUCAAGACAGUCUUGGUACUGGUGCAAGCAGAGAAGUGUUAAUGAUAGAUGUGUAAUGUAACAGAACUGAUAAGAAAGAAAAGGGGUUGAGGCCUGGCUCCAACACUUACUAAUGGUAUUAACUUGGUUCCAUUCCCAAAGCCCAGUUACUUCAUCUGUAAGCUAAGGGUAAUAACUCUUUGUAAAGUUAUUGUUGGGAGUUCAUGAGAGAAGCCUGAAAAUUCUCAGCAUACUGCCUGGUAUUUGGUAAGCCUCCAACAAAUACCGGCUAUUACUAAUAUUAAUAAGGCUGAUGUUAAUGAAGCAGCAUGAAUUCUAUAUGAUAUUGUCACUGCCCCAAAGUAGCGCACUUAGAGGAAAGAUACAGUCUUCAAGGUCCAGAGACAAGGGUUCAAAUAUCAGUCCUGCUACUGACCACCUUGGACAGGCUAUCUUAUUUCUAGUUAUUUGUUAAAAAUUGGAAAGAUGACAAUUGUCUAUUGUCAUCAUGUUCAGGCUUGUUUGAUGCCUGAAUACUAUAGGAGUUCAAUACAUUUUCUUUUUUCUUCCUCUGCUUUCAGUGGGAAAACAAACCCAGUUUUCAAGGGUCUGAAGGUCAGUGUGUCAGCGAUUUAAUCAUGCAGAACAUUCAUAUCUGAGCAUUCUGUUGAGGUGGCUUACAAAAUACUUGUUUAAAGCUGAGGAGAAAGGCUAUGGGCAGCUGUGAAGGAGAGAAGGACCCUGGAUGUAUAUUUCUUUUUCUUGUUCAUUAUCCUAUAGAAAAGUUUAAUGACCCUUGACAAGCAGAAAGAAGAAUAGUCCAGACCAAAGAAGGCUUUACAGGGAAGAAUCCUGAAGACUCACAACCAAAAGAAAUGUCUAAUUAUUUUUCCCCUGUUAAUAGAAAAUAGACUUUAAGAAUAUCAAAAGCAUUGCUACAACUUCCGCUUAGGACAUUUCCAAAUGUACAGGACUCUCAGGUUCCUAAAUUACAAUGCCUUUCUAGCCCAUCUCUCUUUGCUUUUUGUUCUUUGCUUUAACGAAGACUGGUCACCAGCCUCAGAUGUCUUUUUCCGGCCUCUCUUCCCUUCUGCCUCUCCCCAGCCCAAUGUGUAUGCAUUUUCCUCAUCCUGGCAUUGCAGGGGCUGGGAGGGGUUAUGUAGUACAGUCAUAGACAUUUGGUUGAGUGUCUAAAUGAAACAAAGUGUACAUUCCAAGUAUAGAGCAUAAGAUGUAUAACAGGUGUGACUAUGAGUGAGUGAGAUUGAUUCUUUGUUUCCCAAAAAGGAAUUUUAACUUUAUUCAUUUGAGGAAGUUGAGUACUGUGGCAGGAAGUAUGGAAUCUGGACUCCGAGUCUGCACGGUAGCAUAGCUCUUGCACUUAACCCUGUGUCCUCUGGCAAGUGAUUUAGUCCCUCCAAGGCCUCAAUUUGCUCAAUGGUAAAUUUGAGACAGUGAUAGGAAUUGCCUAUAGGGUUGUUGUGAGAAGUAUCAAUAAAUGAAAUAACACAUGUAGCAAAAUUCCUGGAACAUAGUAUGUGCUCAAUAUAUGUUAGCUAUAAUCACUUUUAGCUUUUACUUUAUUAUAAAUAAAAAAAUACAUAAGAUAGGAUAUAAAAAUCCGUUUCCUUAUUUUACUUUUGCCUCCCCAGUACCCCGCCACACACAGUAAAUAAUCACUGUUUCUGGACUAUAUCUUUCAAGACUUUAUCCUUCCACACAAAUGGGAUCCACUUUAUAUGUGCAUGGGUUCUCCCUCAUCAGCUCGUGUUUGAUGUUUACUUCAAAAAACUCACAGAAGAGAUUUGGAAAAUUUCUAUGAGACUGAACCAGGGCCCACAAUCAAUGGAGAGGCAAGAAGGUCAAGAAGUUUGAAUUGCAUGAGGACCCGCUCUCAGGAAGUCACACUUCCAGGCUGAAUUUCUUGAAUGGGAAGAAAGCCCACCCACUCUCCCUUCCACCUUUGCAAACCUCCUUGGUUCUUCAAGGUUCAGAUGGCAGCCUACGUCCUGCUUGAAAACAUUUCUGCCUGCUCCUGCCUGAAUCGACUCCCUUCUCCUCUGAAUCUUAUCGUACUCAAGUAGCCACCAAGAUGUUACAGGAGAUUCAUAAAAGCAGAAUUAAUUGGUUGAAAGAUCUGGACCUCAAGCUUGAAGGAUGUGGAGUUUUGAAUGUGCAGCAAGAGAUGGGGAAGGAGGGGAAGAGCCUUCCAGGUGGGUCAAAGAGAGGAGGCUGAUGCAUGGAGACAGGGAGGCCAGUGAGAGAAUGAUCUGGGCUGAACAGAAUGAAAGCUCGGACAGCAUUAUGGGGGAGAAAAAGCUCAUUCAAGUGAGUUUUCCAUCUGGAUGACGUAUUAAAUAGUUCCUCACUUCAUGGGAAGAGAAUAAAAAUGUCAUCAGCAGACUGUAUUCUUCCUGGAAGUUGCAACCCUGAGUGCCAAGAAGAGACAGUUGGAACUACAUUUGGAACCAAGGUCAAGUCUAAAGUGAGCCUACUUUGUGCUCCUAAGUAACCAGGGAGAAAUAUAUUCUCUUUUCAAGCAUGUAUGUCCCUUAACCAAGGUCUCACUCUCAGCAAAAGGCUGUCUCCUCUCUAGUUUUCAUGUUCAGCUCUCUCUCGCUUUUUGACUGUAUUUCAGAGGAUUUGAGAAGUGAUAGCUGUAUGAGGCUGUGUGCAGACUAUAAGGACAUUGAAUAAGAAAGUGGUAUAGCCUGGUGGCUCCCCCAUUGCGUAGGAGUGACAGCAUGCUUCAAAUACUAGCUUCGUCACUUACCAACUGUGUGACUGACUUUGGGCAAGUAUUUAACUUCUCCAAGCCUCAAUUAAAACGUACCUAUUCACACCAACUAUGCUGAUGGCGCAUAGUUGAAUCAGUUUAACUUUGAUCGUUAAAUGUGCUGCGAACACCCAUGUGGCUAGGCUAAGGGCACAAGAAGUGAUGCAGGUGGAGUCUGAGGUGUAGGGAGCCUUUACAAUCUAACUGGGAGAUUUCCAGAUUCUUCUUAUUUCCAGAUUCUAUGCUAAUGCCUCCACCUAUGUAGGAAGCCUUUUGUAGUGAGGGCAGGCAUCCAUGAUUCUUUCUGAUCUUAAAGACCAAACAGGAUCCUCCUCUUAUAUUCCCUGUCUCAGAAAAUGUCCCCAUCAUUUAUCUCCUCAGUCCCGCUAGCCACCUUGGGCAUUGUCUCAGCUCCUUCAACUUCUCACCAUGCUCUCUAUCAACCAGUCUACUAGCAAAUCCUAAAUAUUUCUCCCAUCUGCCCCAUCCUCUUUAUCGCCACUGCAUCCACUAGUUCAGAGAAGGUCUCUGGAGAUGAAUGUACAAAGCCCGUUUUGGCUUAAGCCCUGGGUUCUCAAGGCCAGGUCUGGGGAUUACAAGUAGUCCACAAAGUGUCAAAGAUUGAAGAACAGUUCAAGGUUGUAACGUUCUCACUUUGUUCCAUUGCCCUUUACAGGUGUGUUAUACUGUUGUUUCUGCAAAUAUUUUGUAUUAUAUCAGGACUUUGUGUGAUAAAGUCAUAUGUAAAUCACACAAGCUAAUAAUUGACUGCAGACCUUUAAGAUUUUCACUUUAUAUUUAAAAUUAUAAUGCUAAAAUCAUGUUGUUUAAAAGCCCCCUCCCCUCAAACUAAGAAUAAGGAAAAACAGCUUUUCUUUUCAAAUUUUUACUAAGUCCCCUGUGGACCCAUGAAUCUAUUCUUUUAUAACUUACCUUUCUGAGACUGACAUGUAUAUGAAAAAUCAAUUUUGUGUUGAUGGCAGCCAUAUUUCCUGACGGCGUGGCUACAUAUUUGCCUUAAAGUUUCAGAGAGAUAGGAGCAAAGGGUUGAAAUAAAUGUAUCAUUUGCCUUCAAUGUGAAUUGCCCUAGUAAAUCUCAAAAUGUUUGCUUUCUUGAGGGAGGGACUUAAUUUCAUCAGGCAGUCCACAUCUUAACAGGAGUUGUCUGUACUUUUGGGUCAAAUAAGAGCACUGGAGAAAAUAGCCACAUUGAUGAAAUAAGAAUGACAUUUAUUAGGAAUGAAUUAAUUAUCCUCCAUUAAUAAUGUGUCAUAUUUAUGGUUUUGCAAAAAGAUUAGCUUUAGGGAAAGAGAUUACUUCCACUUUUCCCAGGCUCAAGUUUUGUUCUUUCCUUUUUCCUUCCAGAGGACAGAAUGUCCCUCAGCAUGGAAACAAGCAGACCAGGUAGCCAAAAUAUCAUAGCAUAUUCUCAGUGAAACAAACAGGAAAAAACAUGCUUGGAGAGAGUUUCGCUUGUUUGAUGUUAUGGUUCCUGUUGAGAUUUUUCAAGCAGAAGUUUUGAAAACGUGUUCCACAGUCUCCUACCUCUGAAAAGCAGUAUUUAUUCCUUUUCCUACAGGUGUUUUCAUUCCCAUGAAAACUGAGAUAUCUUUUUCUGAAUCGGCAAUUAGAUUGUUACCCUUGUAUCAAAACUACAUUGAGGUACCACCUCACACGGGUUAGAGUGGCCAUCAUUAAAAAGUCUACAAAUAACAAAUGCUGGAGAGGAUGUGAAGAAAAGGGAACACCCGUACACUAUUUAAUUCAGCAAAUUUUUAGUGAUACUUAUAUAUGGGAUCAUGUUAGGGAUACGGGGGAGAUAAAGAAUAGAGAGAAAGACUUUGACUACAGGAAGCUCACAGUUUAUAAGGGGAAUAAGAGAAGGAAUCAGACAACAAUAAAGCAAGAAGAACGUUCUUCCCAGAGGAGACUAGGAAAUUCUAAAUGGGAGGUAUCCUCUGGUUGGGUGGAUCAGCUAAAGUUUCAUGGAAGAGGAAGCAACUGAGAUUAAUUUUGAAGAAUGCAUAGGAUAUCCACAAACGAAAAUCAGGCUGAGAUUGUGGAGAAUGAAUGUGUACCAGUGGGUGGAUUGACUUGAGCAGGAGAAGAGCAUCCAACUUAGAAACCUAUUUAAAAGUCUAGACAUGCUGUAAUGAUGGCCCAAACUAGGGAAGUGUUAGUAGAAACCGAAAGGGGAGGACAGAUAGGAGAGACAUUGCUAAGAUAAAACUGUUGGUGCUUAACAACUGCCAUUGAUCAUGGGGUGAAAGCGGUGUCCAGCCCAAGCGACUGGAGGAACGGCCAUGCUAUUAUCAGAAGGGCUAAACGUGGAAGAAGUGCCUUCAUUAACACAUUUGAAAUAGGCUGAAAUUCCAACAUAGCAGGCAAAAUAAUUUGAAAGGAGAAAAUUUGGUCUUUGCAGAUAAAUAGAACUACCACUGAAAAAGCUUAUAACUUUCAUCUUAGUCCUUCUUGGUAAUUUGAAUGGUAUGACAAAAUGGCCUUAUCUUCCAAACAUAUUUAUUUACAGAUAUAAAUAUUAGACUGGAUCCUAAAACACCUAAUUAGAGAUGUUCUUUAAAAUUUUUCUUUUUAAAAUUCACAGGCAUCUUUGUAUGAAAGUUUCAUACAAUGAAACUUUCAUUGUUUCAAAAGUUUCAUUGUUUGCAUUUUAACAAAACAAAUAAAACCUAUGCCUUCUAACUAUGUAAUUGGUUUUUAUUUUAAAUUCAAAAACAGAGUGUUUUGAUAUUACUGGUGCAAGUUUUAUAACCCUUUUUUUUUUUUUUUUUUUUUUUUUUGGUACGCGGGCCUCUCACUGUUGUGGCCUCUCCCGUUGCGGAGAACAGGCUCCGGACGCGCAGGCUCAGUGGCCAUGGCUCAUGGGCCCAGCCGCUCCGCGGCAGGCAGGAUCCUCCCGGACCAGGGCACGAACCCGAGUCCCCUGCAUCGGCAGGCAGACUCUCAACUACUGCGCCACCAGGGAAGCCCUAUAAUCCAUUUUUAAGAUCAGCUUUGGCCAAUGAAGAUAUUUGUGACUGCAAACUCUUACGCUCUCAAAAAGAGGAACAAAAAUGAUAUACACAGGAAAAAUAGCAAUUAUUAGAACUGAAAAAAAAAAGCUGAAUAACUGGAAAACAAUUCAUAGUAUUUAAUCACUAAAAUAGACCACUGGGCAUUGGGUGAUAUUAUUAAAAGAAUAAUAUUGUGUCUAAUAUUUAUCCAAGCAUAAUGAUGUUUUUGUGGCAAUAACAGAACAAUAUUUACAGAAAACAAUGGAAAAUUUCUAGGUUAAGCGGAAAUGAUUUCGAAAUUUGAUGCUAAAAUAGCCAAACACAGAUUGAAAACACAGAUUAAAAAAAAUAAUGAAACAAAUGAUCAGUAUCUAGAAUGGAAAAUUGUAAAAGGGAUUGUUAAUCAACAGUAGUAAAAUAAGAAUACU